AUGCCUAGAGACGAUCUUUCCAUCGACUUCGUCAAGAGAAUGCCGCCGGGUGGUGAGGCUCUUGAUCCGGCUCUGAUCCUCGACGACUGGAUCAACCGCGUGGCCAACUUGCCCGAAGAGAUUCGCUUUCUCCAGGACGAGAUUGCCGACCGAGACCGCCGGUAUGCCGAUUGCAUCAAGAUCAUCGAGGAGCGCGAUGCCCGCAUCCAGAAAUGCAUCAAAGCCAAUGGCAGCCACGAAGUCAACCCACGUGAAGAGGGCUAUCGAAAGGUCAUCGCCGAGAACUUCGACAAGGCCGAGAAGCUGGCAGACGAGAAGAUUGCGCUCGCCCAGAAGAUGCAGGCCGUCAUGGAUCGCCAUGUCCGCCAGCUCGAUAUGCAAAUCAAGCAGCUCUACGACCGCAACGAGCCUGGCUUCUCCGAGCCUGACGAACUGCCCUCCUUACUGCGAACGAAUGCCGCGAAUCCAGUCUCCCUUUCCGUUCGCUCCUCCAUAAUCUCCUCGUCAACAGCCAUGGUUUACAACCCGUCAAAUGGUAUGCACAAAGAGCAUGCAUCGGCAUCAGCGUCGUCUGCUGUCAACAGCAGUGCAAAUAGGGAAUUGCUCGGCUCUGGAGCAGGCCGUGCAUCCAGCAUCGUCCAAUCUCGCCAAGCACAGGUACACCAGGGGCAUUCGUCAUCUGCCCCCGCAAGCCCUGCGGCAUCUAUGAUCAUCGGGCGCCACGCGCGAGAGGGGUCGAUUGGUCCUGGUCCCGGGAAACGCGGCCCACGUGCCAACAGUUCUCUGUCCAACGCACCGGCAACAUCUAGCGGACUUGCACGACACUCCUCUCUUGGGCCCGGUACACCCAAGACCCACCACCAGACUGCAGCCGGCAUACAGCGUGCUGGGAGCGCUGGCCCCCGAGCCACAUUGAUGAAGGGCAUCGGGGCUGGUCCGGGACGCAAGCUAGGAACACCGUCUGUCUCGUCGAGCUUGGUGGCAGCUGCUGCCGGCGUUGUGACCGCUUCUGGUCCUGGCCGCAAAAAGGGCAACGGCACGAACCCUUCGAUGAAGACGCUUUCGCGGGUCAAGCGGCCGAAGAACUCGGCUACCUCCUCCACGGCCGAGUCAGAGCUGUCGGAGGCAGAUUCUGCGUCCGAGUCCAAUGGAUCGUCUCGCCGCGGAACGCCUGCCCGCAGCUUAUCACACGGUGGAAACACGGGGGGAUCGGGACCGGGAGCGGCCAACGGCAACGGCAACGGAGGCAAUGGUGGAUCCGGCGAGAAGGAGGGCUCGGCGCAGCCUCAGCUCAAGCGAGAAAGGGACAGCAUGGGCGGCAUGUCUGGUGUCUCGGCCGUCUCGGCCAUUGCUGGCAGCGGCAACGGCCCCAAUCGAGGUGGCAGCCACGGAGGCAACGGUGGGGCUGCCGUGACUAAGCAUGCACCACGCGGGGCUGCCGGUGGUUUGCCGUCGAGCGAUGACCGGAUGGACGUGGACGAUGACGAGGCCGGUGACGAUCGCAAGUACUGCCUGUGUCAGAACGUCAGUUUUGGUGACAUGGUGGCGUGCGACAACGAGGACUGUCCGUUUGAGUGGUUCCAUUGGUCGUGUGUCGGGCUGAAGAGCGAGCCCAACGGAACGUGGUAUUGCCCAGUCUGUACGGAAAACGUGAAAGGGUCCGGCCAUGUGCUGAGCAGCACGAGCGGCCACGGUGCUGGUCAUCUGGGUGGCUCAGGCAGCAAUGGAAACGGUGGUAUGCCGGCCACAACGAGGAAGGCCAAGUGA